GCGAUUUGGAGUUUUGUGCAAAACAAAGCCACCAUGCUCCGUGCUGCCGUUCUUGCGGCUUGCUUCGUGCAUAGCUUGGCGGACUCAACCAUCGAGUUCCACAGCGCACAUGGUGAGCGAGAAGUCAUCCCAGUGACCACGCAGCAUCCUGCACCGCUGUGCUUGCGGAAGUUUGAGCAGCCCCCAUACUAUGCUUGGCCUGUGAUGCAGGUAUACUUGCUGUUGAAGUUUGACAAGCAAGAAACCAAAUCCAUCUUCAAUUGGAUUUCCACAGUAGGCCCAAAAUCGCGGCUGCACAUCGAGGUCAAGAAGGGUCCCCCGAGAUGGCUUUGUAGCCUUGGUUAUCCCUGGCUAGCGACCGUCUUCCCGGGAGUGUGCAGGGACUGUACCAAGAGAUGUAGCGUGAAAGCGAUUCAGUGGGCCGACCACUUGGCAGUUCCCAUCCCUUCAGCUGGGGGAUGUGUCUACAUUAACCAGUUGCCUCCUGGUGUCCACACCGCGCAUGCGUCGUGGUACAUGCACUUUGACUUGUCAGUCUUCCUUUUCCUGCUAAUCGGGAUGAUCUUUGUCAUUGGUUGGAAGCCCCUCCGUGAGAGUGUGACUUUUCACGCUGGCUUGGGAGGAUUGGGCUCCUUGAUUGUCAUCGCUUUUAUGGUGGUUUUGUGGCUGUCCCGAAGUGUGCGGGGCACCCUUCAUGGCAACGUACCGUUUGGUCGUUCGUUGACGACCUUGCUGGCUGCGGCAUUUGCAUUGAUACCAGCGGCCCGAAAUGCUGUACUGUCGUGGACUUUGAGAUGGCUUCCGGCACCGAAUUGGCACUCGUGGCUUAGUCUGAAGGAUCCCAUCUUUGAUCUGCCGAUAGGAUGGCUAGCCUUCCUAGUGCUGCUGAUCAGCUGCUUGGUGCUGGUGCACCUCGGUGCCAAGCUUAGUGUGCGCUACUUUGCUGCCCUGCCAGAGCCGGAAGGUGAAGUUGACUUCUUCAUCGGAGUGGAUGGGCGGAGGGUCGAUCUCUUGCCGCCCGUGCCCUUUGCACAAAGGAUGUUGGGCUGGGGAAUUUGGCUCAUCGGUAUCCUUUUCCUUCUGAGCAGUACCCAUUCCGACAGCUGCUCGGUGAUCAUCACACUUGCAGUCAUCAUGAAGGAUUAUAUUGAGCACGUGGUGCGCACCCUGAUGAUGUGGAGAAAUGUUGAUGUCCAGCCGAAAGACAUCCGAAAUCUCAUUUCUAGCGAUGAGAUGCAUUCACAGGCGUCGGCCACGACGCGUGCAGCCUUGGCGCAACUGCAGCAGUACAUGAAGGAGCAUCCGCACAUGGUGCAGACGGGACGAGAGGACACUGAGCUUCGCUUGCGGCGGUUCCGAGAGGAUGGGGUUCAUUUCCGGCAGCCCGUUAUCUCAGUCCCAGAGCACGGCGGGUCCAAUUGCGUGCUGCAGUAGCCCCGACGGAGCUGUGGAGCUGGUCACCAGGUCCUAAAUGUCUAAGUGAAC